CAACUGUAUGCAUUUUUUUGUGGAUGUAUAUCCAUUGUUUCAAAGAGCAGGUUGCUCGCAUGAUUCGAUGUUUUGGUUGGAACAAAAUUGAGCGGAUGUAACCGCUUGUCUCCUCCAAUCAAAAGAAAAGAAAAGGGAUUAUUGAUCUCUAAUUCACUGUUCAUUGCAAGAAAACCCUUGGUUUCUGAUUUGAUCAGUGUGUUCAUUCCGUUAGAAAAGAAAAUGGUUGGUAGCACCCCCGAAGUAUGGAGUCCAACUCACGAGGAUGAUGACGAUGACGUCAUAGAGGUCACUAAUAUCGAAUCAGAUCCGGAGAUCAUUGAUCUCUCUACUCCCGAAAUGGAGUUUGACAAUGAAGAGUGGUUCGAUUUUUAUGACGAUAGCGGGGAUUUGCUAUAUAAUGACAUUGGUGGAGAGCAUCCAACCAAUUAUUGGACUCUAGAUGAUAUACUCAUCUAUGAUUGGUACUCACUGGGUCCUAAUGUGGAUGAUUUGGGCACCCAUGUGGACUCGAUGGAGAGUAUAGGGGAAGAAGAGGAAGUUGAGGAAUCGGAGAAAGAGGAGGAGUACUCCGACAUAGCGACCGAUGAAUGCCUCUCUGAUCCUGACUUCGACCCCAAGAAUCCUUAGGAUUCUUCUAUAUGUAUUGUAAUCUCCUUUGAGGAGUAGACAUAUGUAUGUGUGUGUAUAUAUACAUACGGUAUUAGUAGGUGUGUACCUAUGUAAUUCAUGUAUUUACAUGAUGAAUGAAGGACAAAUGUUCUUAUCACCCAAGUGGAAAAUUAGUUGGAUAAAACCUUACGAGUUUGUUUGGUUCCAAAAUUAAUCACAAAGUUUUAAUGCUUUUAUUGCAUUGGUCCAUCUCAAUUAUGUGGCAUGGAUGAAUGACAAUUGUACCAAUUUAAUUUGGACACUUUUUCCAUUCAAGGUGAUGCAUGAGAUGAUGGACGUACUUAUGAUAGUCCUUCAUGGACUCUAAGUAACGGUGGUUUGGAUAGUAAUAAACUAUCUAGUGGGAAACUAUGAACAAUCAUAGGUGUGUAAAACCUAUGGCGCAUGGCAAGUGGGGACUUGUGAGUCAAGUCUAUCUAAGCCAGAAUGUUUGCAUAGGUUAUGUUCAAAUUAAGUUGAACAUAGUUAUGAAAGAGUAUACCUCCAAUGUGUUGGAGAUGAAAUUUGGUUAAUGCACGUUUAAAGGAUUGCAUUACCAGUAAGCCAUAAGUGAUAAGGAAUUAUAAUUCCUAAGAUGCUUGUGAUGACAUAAUAAUUUGUUUAGGACUUGAUGUUUCUUAUGCCAUGAGGGCAAGGAAAAUGAAGCUAUGAUUGAUCCUUAUAGGGAUUUAAUAAGCUUGCCAAAUGAUGGUUGUCAUCAAGAUAAGCAUUAGGUCAGAAUUGUUUAUGACCUAUGAUUAUCAACGUGAAGCUCAUUGACAGAAUUGUUUAUGGUAUAUAUAGAUAUAUAUCAUUGGAAAACAAUUUGGCAUGAGAGCUCAAUUGAGAUGAUCUUAUUAAACUUAAAAGUCUGGAUUACUUAUGGUAUAUUUAUGAAGUUUAUUCCAUUGGAAAGUAAUUAGACAAUUGAAUUAGAAAUUCGUUUGAAUUACUUGUGGUAUAUCAUGUUACAUAAAUGAAAUGUUAUUGGUAAGUAAUUAGUGGGAUUUCCAUUCCUGGAAUGCAUCUGAAUUACUUAUGACGUCUCAAGUUGCCUUGAGCAAUACCAUUGGUAAGUAAUUGGAUGAUAUUUCUAAUAAAAUCUUAAUUGUUUGUGGUAUGCUAAUCGAGUGAGAUCAUACCAUUGGUAACCAAUUAGAUACAUAUAGUGGUUGGCAAGUUCAAUAAGUAAAACCAUGGAAAAUAAAUGGGAUUAUUCCAUGAUGUUUGGCAAAGGGUAGAAUUGUGGGGGAGAAGAGCUAGCCAUUGUUUCGGCUACUAUCUCAAGACCCUACAAUGGGACGCUAACCUAUCCAUAAGACAAAAUUGGAAAGGUAAACGAAGUCAUACUUGAAAGUAUGAAGGUGUCCAAUGAGAAAGUGAGAGUCCUUAAACCUUGUGGAGUUAACCCAGUCAAAGGGUAUAACUUAUGAGUAAACUCUAGCAUAUAUUGACGUUAUGUCAGAAAGCUAGAAUAUUUAUUGAUGUUGAUCCACUCUUCCAAAGAGAUGAUUUUGACCAUAUACAUGAAUGUAUAUGAACAACAUUCCCCAAACCGGAAACGUUGGUUUCAACAACUAUGGCGAAAUAGUUGAAAUGUGGGGGAUAAAUUGGGGAGAAGUAAUGUGGAAUGUCGCUUGGCUGAUUCUAAAGUGAAAGUGAUACUUAGAAGUUUUGCGUAAACCCUAAGCUAAGUCAUAAAUGUCACUACAUUUAAAGAGAUACUGGUGAAGCUCAAGUACUCUAAGGUUAAUGAAGUGGAGAGACUUCAAUACCGUUGGCAUGUGUUAAUUUCUAUAUAUGACUUGUGUGGCAAGAAACAUACUUUUGUGAA